GUCAUUUUCAAACAUGCACGACUUUAGCGGGACGUGGAAGUGCACCGAGGUGCGCAACAUGGAAGAGUUCCUCAAGGAGCUUGACGUCGCUUGGCUCAAGCGGAAGGCUGGCUCCAUCAUGGGCUUUGGCGUCAACCGCCUCGUGCAGACCGUGACGCAGUCGGGCGACAAGAUUGCGAUCUCCAACGUCGGCGGCAUCAAGGACUUCACCAACGAGAUCCGGGUCGGGCAUGGCGCGCAGACCAUGGAGAGCAUGGACGGACCCGUGACGGGUACGCCGACGUGGGCCGAAGACGGCAGCCUCGUGCUUGAGACCGAAAUGAAGGGCAAGGCCGUGACGCUCCUCCGUCGCCGCGUGAGUCACGACACGACCGAGCUCGAGACGAUCCACAACGGCGUCUCGGCCAUCCGCGUCUUUACGCUGCAAGAAGACAACAACAGCGGCCACUAAGAUAGCAUGGUCCAGACGAAAUAUACUGUUUGCUGCAAGGAA